AUGAGCGUGCUGUCGGAGGCGCAGCGCACUUGUGCGUCUCUCCAGUUCCUACUGCUGGACCAGGACUCGGACGGCUUCAUCGGCAGCCACGAGCUGGGGACCUACCUGCGUGCCAUCGGGCUCUACCCGGCGCAGAGCGACAUAGCAAGCUACAUCGCCCUUGUCGACCCGGAGGAGCAAGGACGUGUAUCCCAGGAGAGCGCGCUGGCGCUGUACGAGAAGCUCUACCCACAACGCACCACCCCCGAGGAGCUCUACGCGGCACUCAAGGUUUUGGACGACGACGCAGACGGCUACCUUACCACGACGCAGCUGCGGCACAUCCUUGUCAACCUCGGCGCUCGCAUCUCGCAGGAGGAUGCGGAAGAGAUACUGCGCGACGUGGAGAAGGACAGAGAGGGCAUGAUUAUGGUAGACGACAUCAUCCAACUGCUGAUGCCCACCGAGGGCGAGGAGUGCCUGUGA